ACAGUGCUCAAAGGUAUUUCCCAUCCGAUGCAGCGUGUUUUUCUCCGCUUGCGGGCUACGCAAUGGGGAGGCAACAUUUCCUUUGCUGGUGUGUAUAGGAGUCGCAGGAGCGUUCUGCGACAUGUGGGCAAUUUUCCAGAGGCAAAGAGGCAUUUGACAAAAAAGGGACAUGUGUACACAUGGCCGGAUCUGGCACAUGCAGUUCAGUAUAAUGCAAGGGGAAUGCCACCGGCAACAACUGAGCUGCCGUCGCCAGAGGACAUGAAGUUGGUCUCAGAGACCUUGAGCAUAGCGAACAUGGUGAAAGCUUUUCGCAACAGGGGCCACUUCAUGGCUACACUCGAUCCCUUGGGACGGACAUUGGGUCCAUUAUUCGAGUUCAAUGAGAAGAAUCGACCAUCUGAGCCCCAGGAAGCUACAGACCUGUUCAAACUACUGCGCAACUACCCUGAACUGGAUUUUUCUGCUAUUGGCCUAGAAGGAGUAGAUCCAAAAAAAAGGUUCUUCCUCGGUGAUCUGAUCACCAGCAACGAGGCCCCACAAGUCUUUUGGACUAUUGGGGAGCUGGUUUCUCUUCUGCGAUCUGUCUACUGUGGCAAUUUGACUGUGGAGUGUGUGCACCUCACUGGACGAGAACAGAAGGAAUGGGUGCGGAAGGCGAUGGAGCGCCGGGCCCAUCUCUCUUUCUACAACGCGGAGGAGCAAAGAUCGAUUUUGCAGCUGCUAAUACGCUCAGAAACUUUUGAGCGAUUCUUAGCAAAAAAAUUCCCAUCUGCAAAACGGUUUGGCAUAGAGGGCUGUGAGAGCCUCAUUCCGGGUCUCUUUUCUCUAUUCAAGCGUGCUGCAGACGCGGGUAUAGAGAAUGUUGAGCUUGGGAUGGCACAUAGGGGGCGGUUAAAUGUUCUACAUACACUGCUGUCAAAGCCGCUGGGAGCAAUCGUGAAUGAGUUCAAAGCAUCUGCAAAUGUGCCUCUUUUGCAUGUUGGCGAUGUCAAGUACCAUCUCGGGACACGGGGAGAGCUUGUUUUCGGCGGCAAGAAGGUACGGGCGCCAGACUGUGAGGGCGUGAAUCACGACGAGGAGUUCCUUCUUGUUGGAGGGGUAAUUCAUCUCGGCGGGAAGGAGCUUCUUGCUUGCGAAGGCGAUGGGGUAUUCGCCAGGUGGAGCCUCGAGGUGAGUGGGCGAGUCCUUAAUGGAGGGGGUCUCGGCGGUGUCGCGGGGGAAAUGUUGGGACAGUACGGCUCCAAUAGCGAAGUCGGAGGCGUCAGUGGUGACAUAGAAAUGGCGAGUGGGGUCGGCGAUCUUGACGACAGGGGUUAUUGUGAUGGUUUGCUUGACGGAGACAAUGUGGCCGAGGUAUUCGACGCUCGAAGCGGCAAACGUACAUUUGCUGAGCAUGGCGUAGAAUUUAUGCUCUCGGAGGAUCGAGAGGACUUGGCGGAGGUGUUGAAGGUGGGACUCGAAGGUGGGGCUGAAGACAAGGAUGUCAUCAAGGUAGACAACGACACAAACUUCGAGGAGGUUGCGGAAGAUGCGGUUCAUGGUAGAUUGGAAGGUAGCGGGGGCAUUGGUGAGUCUGAAUGGCAUCACGAGGAACUCGUAGUGCCCGAACCGAGAGUGGAAGGCGGUCUUGUGGGUGUCCUCCUCGCGGAUACGGAUCUGGUGGAAGUCGCUGCGAAGGUCGAUCGUGGUAAAAUACUUGGCUCCACGGAGACGAUCAAGGAGCUCGGAAAUCCGAGUUGCAAGGUCUUUGUGGCAUACUCGUUUGAUGCGGGAGAUGAACGCAAAGUCGGGAAUGACGGUGGUGGGGAGGUGGUGACGGAGGGAGCGGACAUAUUGGACGAAGCGGUCCGUGGGACCGGUCUGGCGAAGGUGGCAGAAUUGUUCAAGGUAGUCAUCAAUGGUUUUCUGGGGGCGAAAGGUGGCAGUGAGAAGGUUGGCCCAUUGGAGGAAGGAGUGACGACAUUGUCGAGGAGGCGGGAGGUGGCAAUGGGGAGCUAUGAGAAGGUUGGGCCAUUGGAGGAAGGAGUGACGUGGUCCUCCGGAGGCUCGGCGGUUGCUGACUUCAGCCAUCCACCAUUUGGCGGCAUUGCCGAGGAGGCAGGAGGUGGCAAUGGGGAGCCAGUGGGCAAGGGGCAUGUGGUGGAGGUGAAAAGAGUUCUGGAGCUGGGUGUAGUCGAGUUGGUUGUUGUCCUCCAGGAGGUAGUUGGGGGAAAGUUGUGGCAUUGCGGGGUAAACCCCGGAGGUGACUUGGGAAUAGGUGGGACGGAUGGUGGGAAUGGUGGAGGUCGUCAUGAUGGGUUGGGGAAGGGUAUGAGAGUGUGGGGGGGGAAGAGGGGUGACGUGGAUGGGCAAGGAAUGAGGCGUUCGCGAGCGAGGCUGUCAACAGACUGGGUGUUGACGGCGGUCAUAUCGAUGCUGGAGGAUUGGGCCAUGUUGGGGGAAUAUAAAGUGGAUGUGGUGGCUGAGGCGACGGUUGCGGAUGAGGUGGAGGCAGACACGUCGGCAGCGGUGACAGCGGCGGCGGCGGCGGCGGCUGCGCGUUGGGAGGUCUUGCUUUGGCGUGGUGGCAUGUGGAGAUGUAGGUGUGGCAGGGGUGGGGGUGGGGAGGGUAUUUACAACAUUAAUUGAUUUAUUCAAAAAUAAGUAAAGGUUUUUGCCAAGACAAUAAAUGAAUAAAAUGAUAAUUAAUUC